ACAAGUGACGUGGCAGUAGUCUUCAUUUCUAGCACUAUUAUUGUCUUCUUCUUCUUCAAGUUCUCUUUAGAAACAUUUUUCAACCUCUACACUCACCAUAGUAGCAGUAGUACACAACUAAACAAACACUCAUCACUUUUUGUUUCAACUAAUGACCGAUAAUUGAAUUGAAUUUGACGAGAAUGGAAACUGCUUCAAAUUCAAAGAUUCAAUUAUUCACAAUUUGGUUUUCUCAACUCUUUGGAGGUCUUUGUUCUAGGUCCUCUCAAGUUGACCGCGUCUUCGCCACCAACUCCGAUGCCGAUUCCGAUGCCAACAACAACACCGCUCAUUUCACCGCACCGCCUCAGGUACACCGUCAAACCAUGGACAGAAAUCCUCCCGGACUCACCUCCGAUGAAGUUUUCUACGACGGAAUUCCACGCUACGCUGCUAAGGUCUCCACAGUUGGUUCGCGCCUGGGACGAGCUGGAUUGGGGAAGGCGGUGGAGGUUUUGGAUAAUCUUGGGAGCAGCAUGGCAAAUUUAAAUGCUGGCAGUGGGUUUGUUUCUGGAGCUGCAAUGAAGGGGAGUGAAAUUUCCAUCUUAGCAUUUGAGGUUGCAAACACGAUUGUUAAAGGUUUUCAUCUACUGCAAUCUCUUUCCACAAAAAGUAUUAGGCAUCUUAAAGAAGAAGUGCUUCUUUCAGAGGCUGUGCAUGAUUUAGUGUCAAAGGAUAAGGAUGAGCUUCUUAGGAUUGUUGCCGUGGACAAGAGGCAGGAGUUGAAAGUUUUUUCUGAUGAGGUGAUUCGUUUUGGAAAUCGUUCAAAGGAUCCACAGUGGCACAACUUAGACCGUUACUUUGAGAAGAUUAGCAAAGAGUCAAGUUCUCAAAGACUCUCAAGAGAUGAGGCAGAAUCAAUAAUGAAACAAUUGAUGACUUCGGUCCAAUUUACAGCUGAUUUGUACCACGAACUUCAUGCAUUGGAUAGAUUUGAACAGGAUAUUGAGCAUAAGGGUGAAGAGGAGGAUCAAAGAGGUGAUAACCUUGCAUUCUUGAGAGCUGAAAUUAAAAGUCAAAAGAAGCAAAUUAAACAUUUAAAGAAAAAAUCACUCUGGUGUAGAAGUUUGGAGGAGGUUAUUGAGAAGCUUGUAGACAUUGUCCAUUUUUUACAUCUGGAGAUAAGCAAUAACUUUGGCAGUGCAGAUGGCCAAAAGCCAAUAAUUGGAGACAUUGGCAACCACCAAAGGUUGGGCCCUGCAGGUCUUGCUUUGCAUUAUGCAAACAUAGUGCUUCAAAUUGAUACCCUUGUAGCCAGGUCUAUUUCUAUGCCUGCGAAUACAAGGGAUACAUUGUAUCAAAACUUGCCUCCUAAUAUAAAAUUAACUUUACGUUCCAAGUUACCAUCCUUUCAUGUUGUAGAAGAGCUCACUGUAGCAGAUAUCAAAGAUGAGAUGGAGAAAACAUUACAUUGGUUGGUUCCAAUUGCCACAAACACAUCCAAAGCACAUCAUGGUUUUGGCUGGGUAGGGGAGUGGGCAAACACAGGCUCUGAGGCGAAUAAGAAAGUUUUCCCGGGUGGUGCAAUGCGGAUUGAAACAUUCCACUAUGCUGAUAAAGAUAAAGUAGAACAUUAUAUUCUUGAACUUCUCUCAUGGCUUCACCGCUUGGCCAUCAAAAGUAAGGCUGGCAAAGUGAAGUCUGCAAUGAAGUCCUCUGUUGGCGUUACCAUUGAAAAGACAAAUAAGCAAUCUACAAACGCCAUUUUAACAAUCGAUGAGCAAAACAUGCUGCAGGAUGCAAGUAAGAAAACAAAAAUAAAAGGAAUCAGUAAAAGUUUGGACUUUGACAGUCUGAAGCCUACAUUGAGGGAGAAGUGCAGACUGACCAAGACCAGCAGUCUUUCAUCUAGUAAAAGCAAGGAAUUAUCUUUUAAUAGGAUUUUGUCAAAGCUUCCUGUGAUUGAUUUUGAUAUCGACAAAGAGCGAGCACUAAACGUGAUUGAUAGACUAGAUGUGGUCAGAUAAUCGCAAGUUUUAUCAAUGGAGAGAAGUAACAACACACAUGAACAUAAGGGUGGAAUUUCUGGGUCGGCUCGUAUCAGACUCUUGCCACAAGUGUUGAAUACCAGUAUUUUUGCAGCAACUAUGGUACACUGGAUUCCAUUAGCUUCAUUAGGGUCUGUUUCGGCCAAGUUCCACGACAUAGUGAUAUCAUCACUGUCCACUUAUAUAGAUCAGAGAAAUUGUUAGGCCAUAGAUGUUCAUGUUUGCAUCAAUGUGACUGCAGUGCCCACUCUGUGUUGGGGCAUGGUGGAAUUGAUGUUCAGUCAUGAGUGUAUAUACUAAAUGAGUUAAUGAGGAUAUAGACUAGUGCCCUUCGUUUUUGCACAGCUUUAAGAAAAGUUCGUUGUGGACCAUAUAUCAAUGGUAAAACAUCCCUUUAUCAAUUUUUUUUUUUGAAAAACAUGACAAUUUUUUCUUUUGGUAAUUUCUGAAGAAUUUUGCAACAAGCACGUC